GGAAAACUCUCGCAAAUUUUCUCAGGGAAAAAAAUUCAUCCUUUCCCGGAAAAUCAAACAAGGGGCGACCCCCGGCAAAUCAGGAAACCCUCGAGAAAGCACUCCCCAAUCCAAUCGAAGUCCCUCCGAUCAAUGGACAGGUCGCGCUGCAAGAGCUGCGGCUCGAAAUCCCUAACCCGGGACGACGUCUCGGGCAUCCUGGUGUGCUCCGAGUGCGGCUUCGUCGCCGAGCUCCACGACUUCCAGGCGCAUAUCGGCGGAAUCAGCGGCCCUGUGGGCACCUUCGUCCGCGUCGGCACUUCAGGUACUGGCACCGUCUUAAAUUACAGAGAGAAGAAAGUCUUCGAGGCCCAAAAGUUGAUCGAUGACUUGCUGCUCAAGUUGGGUUUGUCUAGUUCUCGGUCCGAGGACGUUAGGGACAUGGUAUAUAGGGUCACGGAGGGUGAGUUCGGGAUGGGCGAGUGGUUCUCGGUCCUGAUCGGCGCGUGCGCUUAUGUCGUCAUGAGGAGGGAGAUCCAGUCCCUCCCGAUCGCCGAGGUGGCGUCGGUGAUUGGGUGUGAUGACUACGAGCUAGGUAGGAUGGUUGUGCGCGUGGUCGAUUUUCUCGAAUUGAGGGGCGAAUUCCCCGUUUAUGACAUCGUGGUUGCAUACGAGAGGGCCGUGAGGAGCUUCUCAGGCUUCUCUAGGCUUCCUCGGGAUAAGGUUGAGACAAUGCGGAAACAGGGCAUGUUUCUGAUACAAUGUGCGGUGAAGUGGUUCUUGACAACGGGGAGGAGGCCGCUCCCGAUGGUGGCAGCGGUAUUGGUUCUCGUUGCGAAGCUGAACCAAAUAGAGCUUGAGAUUUCGGAUGUUUCAGAGGAGCUCCAUGCUGCUGUUGCAACAUCCAAGCGGCGGUAUAAGGAGCUAUUAGAGGCACUUGUGGAGGUUUCCCGAGCCUUACCUUGGGGGAAGGACGUUACAGUAAAGAAUGUACUGAAGAAUGCUCCAUUUGUGAUCCAAUACAUGGAGAUGAAGUCGAUGAAGAAGCGAGGUGUGAAGAGAAAGGAUUCAGGAGUCGGGCAGGUUGAUUUGGGUGAAGUGGUAAGUGAAUGUUUGAGAAAAGAUGAGUAUGAUUUUGAUGUUACUUAUUUGGAGAGCGAAUCUUAUUAUUUGGAAGCGAAAGAUAAAUGUGAUCAUCAAGGACCAGAUGUGCAUCAGUUGGAUAGGAUUGAGAUUUCACACGAGUGUUUGGCGUUGGUUUACUUGAAGUUCUUGGAGGAAAGGGGCUCCCUUAUAUGCAGCGGUGAAAAUGCAAAUGCUCGUGACAAAAGGAGAACAGACUUUGAUUUUCACGCAUCUAAAGAUUGGUGGAAGGGAAAAUCACAAUUGAGCAAACGGUUAAUGCUUAAGGAGAUAUUGGAAAAGGAUGUGGGAUUGGACGCUAUGCCGCCUUCUUUUGUCAAUGGUCGUAACGCCAACGAGAGGAGGAGACAGAAGAUUGAUGCUGCUAAGCAGCGCAUCAAUAGGAUCAUGCACCCCUCAGCUUCUGGUCUGACCGACGUCUGUGAUUCCCAAACGUUGAGUUCUUCUGUGCAUAGUAAGAAGAAAAGAAGGAGAAGUCAGGUGAUAGAUGUGGAUUGGGACGAUUUUAUAAUCGAGACCCUCCUUCUUCACCAGGUUAAGGAGGAGGAAAUCGAGAAGGGUCACUACAAUACUUUGCUUGAUUUGUAUGUCUUCAACUCUGGGGCAAUGUAGGCACUCUUUCAUGGAAUACAGCAUACGCCUUUUGGAACAUGCUUGAUUCUUUUGCCUUU